AGCUCCACUGCCUUCAUCAGCUUCGACAAUGUGAUGAGCAAAGUUGAGAGACCUUUAUUAUAAAGCUCUCUUGGAAGUCGAGAGUUCGAAGGAAUCGUCCAAGUCACCAUACUCCUCACUCUUUCCACUCUACCCGCAUUCGUCUUCAAAGAACGCCCUUCGCAGGCCCACCCGUAUCGCCAUGCACAUCUCAGCGACUCUGGCCAUUGGCCUCCAACUAGCUUCGCUUGCGUUCGGUUACCCACAGCCAGUAGAAACCAACUCCACUCUCGUCACCCGUACAAUUGAGAUCAGGAACCUCCCACAAUCCCCGCCAAGAUGUACCCUUGUGGUCAACAAUGGCCCAGAAUCUAAAACCUACCCGGACAGUACCAUUUCAAUGGCCAUCGAAGAAGCAGUCAACGCAAUCAAUAGCGGCAUGCAGUACCAGAGAAACGGAAAGGGCGCUGCCUACCCACACCAGAACACGCCAGGCCAGGGAUCCGGUACUACGACCUCCUGGGCGGACUUCAAUCUUCCCGAGUGCUCGGACGGGACUGAUAAACAACUCAACUAUGGAUUUAUAGAGUAUCCUAUUCUGCGGAGUGAUCAAGUCUGGAAGGGCGGAAGCAAAGAGCAAGGACCCGACCGCGUCCUCUUCCAAUUUGUGACGGACCCAAACCAGGAGCAGACAUACACUGGAGCCUUCAGCCAAAUCAAGGGCAAAUACUUGCAUGCCGCCUACUGCGGAAUGAUCAACCACGUUCCGAAGGCGGAUAACAGUGGAUACAGCAAUGCUUUCGCAACGUGCGAGAACAGCAGGGGCGGCAAUUAGUGAAAGCCUGGAAUUGUCGCGCUUGCGAUGCGCUGCUUCUUCAACCUUGGCUCAACCCAAGAACAGGCGCCGGCCGACCACAAGGAUCGGGACGAGAAAGUUGAGAAUGAUGCCAAUCGAUGGUCUAUCAUGGUGGG